CUCAAAACACCACUAGUUUUUGAAAUCAUGUUUGCUUCGUAUGCAUCCUCACCAAACAUCCAGCCAGGUACUUGAGCAAACAUGAGUACCCCGGCACAACCAACGCCUGGCGACAACUAUGCUUCACCAUCCCACGACUUUACAAACCACGGCCAUGGUGAAUUCGACCUGGAUCAGGCAGCUAUGCUGCAGGACAUGGCAAGGAGCUCAACGGCCGGUGAGGGCGAUGUCCACAAUAUGUACGCCUACGACCAUGACGAGGGAAUGAGAGGGUUUGACGGGAGUGAGAAGGAACAAGAAGGGGUUAAUAGUGCUGCGACUGCAUUUCCCGAUCCAGCACAACUACUCGAUGGAUAUAAUAAGGAACAUACGAGGGAUAGAAGGUCGAAUGGAGGCUUGAUAGUUAAUGAAAGUGGUCGAGAGGUUACGGAGUACACAGAUUAUACCCAGCCAUCAGCACCGCUUCAUGAGCACGACGAUGUCGACCCAGUCACCCUUCUCGAGGCACUUGCGAAUUUUGAUACAACGCCCAUGAAUACGAGAGCCAACGCCCGUACAGGCUCUCAAGACGGGCAACGCCACGACCCGCAAUCCCACCAAUUCUCAAACGACCACUUCGCGAGCCUACUCCAAGCAGCGGAGACGGCAGGCCAGAGCCAGGAUAAUGACAAUAUACGCAUGGACAGCCGGAAGAGAAACACAAAGGCACAAAUAGCGAGCAGAUGGGGUGGUCCCCCUGGCUCAGCAACCCACUUCCGGCCCCCCGUCCCCCGCACUCUCGGCGAAAAGCGCAAGCAAAGCCCCAACGCCGUACAACUCCCCGAGCCAGCCCCAGCAUCCGGCUUCAUCAAGCCCGGCACGCGGCGCAAGAAGACCAAGGAAAUUGACCCCGAUCAGCUCGCCCGCGAGCACGCCAUCUGGGGUUCCGCAUCCGAGUCUGAAAAUGACGCUGAUGAUGGUCGUGAAUCACACCGCUCGGGGCCACAAGUCUCGACGUCUGACGCGCGCGCGGCAGGUGUCCAUUCUGCUGCCGCGCUCUUCAGGAGGCCUACGCCGGCAAGCAAGAAGUACACGCGCCCGCCGAUGUCGAAGCUCUUCACCUCCCUCGAGCUCACACCCGAGCAAUUCCUCUACCUCCAGGCCGCGGCGAAGACGUACAUGCUUGACCCAGCGCACGGAGAGCGCGCGGGCUGCGUGGGGAACAAGGCGCGCGCCGAUACGGAUUUGGUGAAGCUUAAGCUAUUUGGGUGCGUGGAGGCGUUUCUCGAGGAUGAGGGAUGGGGUGAGAGGUGUUGGGGUCCUGAUGCUGGGAGGGGGGCGCAUGAGAGUAGGAGGCUUAGGUGGCCAGAAGGGAAGCAUAAAAUUAUCACGCUUGUGACGCCGUUGAUGCGGCGGAUGGUGACGAAUGAGCGGCAGCGGCUGUAUGCGAAUGAGACGCGCAAGGCGACCGGGGGGAAGAAGGUGAGGGAGACGGGAGAAGGGGUGGAUGAGCAGAGAGGGAAGGAGUUGGUGGAUAUUGAUCCUAAGUUGGGGGAUUAUCACUAUACCCUCGACCCGACGCUGCGGUCACCUGCUGCUGCAGCUGCUGCUUCGACGACACCGCCUGCAGCUGGGCCGGAGAAGGCGGAUAUGGUGUAUAGAGUUGUGGUCGUGGAGAGGGGGGUGCCGGGGAGGGUAUUGCACUCUACUACGUUGACACAGGAGAAGUGUCCAGUGUUUUCGAGCUUAAUGCAGCAUGUGAGGUCAGUUCUUGCUAAGCCGCUUAAUGGGGGUGGUGAGGGGGAGAAAGGGGCGAUGUAUAUAUUACCUACGGUCAAGGCGCUUUUGCCGACGGGGUUGGUGGAAGUGGGAACGGUUGAUGAGUGGGAGGAGGCGUGUAGGACGGUGGAAGGCGAGGCCUGGAUGGAGGGUAUCGUAAGGGUUGUUGCGGAGGUUGAGAAGGCGAGCGAGUAGAGCAAGAUAAUUUUUGAGCGGAUCGACAUGUUCGUGCAAGAUGGAAUGCCCAUCUUGUGUCUGUUCAAUGCAUGUGCUUCGUAUAUCUGCUUAUUCUAGUGCCC